AUGACUCAGAAAGUACUGCUUCUCGGAUCCGGCUUUGUAGCCAAGCCCACUGUUGAUAUUCUUGCCGCAGAGCCUGGAGUUGAGGUUACUGUUGCCUGCCGUACCGUUUCAAAGGCCAAGGAGCUCGCUGGUGACCGUGCCAAGGCCAUUUCGCUCGAUGUUUCUGACUCUUCGGCUCUUGACAAGGCGGUUGGCGAGCAUGAUCUCGUUAUCUCUCUGAUUCCUUACACCUACCACGCACAGGUCAUUGAGAGUGCCUGCCGUAAAAAGAAGCACGUUGUCACUACCUCUUAUGUUUCUCCGGCAAUGAAGGAGCUGGAGGCUAAGGUCAAGGAGGCCGGAAUCGUUGUGAUGAACGAAAUUGGUCUGGACCCCGGCAUUGACCAUUUGUACGCCGUCAAGACUAUUGAGGACGUCCACAGAGACGGUGGUAAGAUCAAGUCUUUCCUUUCAUACUGCGGUGGUUUGCCUGCUCCCGAGGACUCUGACAACCCGCUCGGUUACAAGUUCUCUUGGUCUUCCCGCGGUGUCCUGCUUGCUCUCCGCAAUGCUGCUCGUUUCUACCAGAACGGCAAGGUUGUUGAUGUCGAGGGCCCUGAGCUCAUGAAGACAGCAAAGCCUUAUUUCAUCUAUCCUGGCUAUGCGUUUGUCGCCUACCCCAACCGUGACUCUACUCCUUAUCGUGAGCGCUACAACAUCCCCGAGGCCGAGGAGGUUAUUCGUGGCACUUUGCGUUUCCAGGGCUUCCCCCAGUUUGUCAAAGUUCUUGUCGAUCUUGGUUUCUUGGACGAUACUCCUCGUGACUUCCUUAACGAGCCUUUGCCCUGGAACAAGGCAUUUGCACAGGUCGUUGGCUCGUCUGCUACCUCUGAGAUCGAACUCGAGCGUGCUAUCUCCUCCAAGACGGAAUUUGAGUCUACGCAGGACAAGGAGCGCAUUCUUGCUGGUCUUCGUUGGUUGGGCGCCUUCAGCGACACCCCCAUCACUCCUCGUGGCAAUCCUUUGGACACAUUGUGCGCUACUCUCGAGGAGAAGAUGCAGUUCGACAGGGGCGAGCGCGAUUUGGUCAUGCUGCAGCACAAGUUUGGUAUUGAGUGGGCCGACGGCAAGAAGGAGGUUCGCACUUCUACCCUUGUUAUGAACGGCGACCCCACCGGCCAGCCUGAUGGCUACUCUGCUAUGGCUCGCCUUGUCGGUGUGCCCUGUGCUGUUGCUGUCAAGCAAAUCCUCCGCGGCGACCUGACCACCCCCGGUAUUCAUGCUCCCGUUACUCCUGAGCUCGCUGACCCUCUCCGCAAGGAACUCAAGAAGGACUAUGGCAUCGAGAUGAUCGAGAAGGUGAUUUCUUAA